GAAAGAAUACAGAUAAAAAAGUGAGCAGUGCGAUAUGGUAAAAAAAUUUCAAAGAAAAUUAUGAUUCCUUUUUAUGAGCAGAAAAUAUAUUCUGAAUUUUAACAAAAAAAAUCAAAUGCACAAUAGAACUUGUAUGUGACAACGAAAAAUUUAAAAAAUAAAUAGCUCAAUGCAAUGUAGUGAUUUUUAUUAAUUUUGUUGAAAAAAAAAUCGCUUUUAUUAUUGUGAUUGAAAAUUAUAUUCGAAAGUCGACUAUGUCGAUGCAAGAUCAGCCUUCGAAGAUAAUCAACAACACCAGCCCGCAACAUGAAAAUAUAUUUUCGGUGCACCGAUCAGUUACGAUUGUUACACCACAACGAUCCAAUUCAUUGGAUUAUUUGAAUUUUGAGGAAAAACGUCAACUUAUAGCCUCUACAUUAUCACUGUCAGAAAUAUUGCAAUGUGCUCCGGCAGUUGCAGCCGCACAUGCAGCCAAAGAAAUUGCUGAAAAUACAGUAAUUGCCAAAAAACAACAUAAUGGCGCUAUCAUAAGAACAAAUAGUCUAGGGUCUUGUGCAAGAUCACCACCACUUGAGCGCAAGAGUAAAUUUAGUGCUCUCGGCCGAUUUUUCAAACCUUGGAAAUGGAGACGAAAAAAGAAAAGUGAAAAAUUUGAAGAAACUUCAAAAUCACUUGAGCGAAAAAUAUCAAUACGUGCCAACCGAGAAGUGUUGAUUCAGAAGGGAAUUUUACUUCCAGAAAGUCCUGUUAAUUUAGCCAAUGGUUCAAAUAAUACAACCCAUACAUCCGCAUCAUCAACAAUUAAUGUGCCUUCAUCUCAGUCGGUGCAGCAUCAAAUCGGUCAAAAUAACAAUAGCCUAGUUCCACACUCUCAAUCAGCAUAUGAAAUUGGGCAAUCAUUGACCCAUCAACAGGCACUACACCAGCAACUGCAACAACGUUUUGCCAAUGUCAACUGUACAGAAAUGAGAAAGGACAAGACUGAUGUUUUAAAUAAUUGUGGAAAUGAAAGCAAUGUUUUAAUUACAAACAAUGAACAAUUAUGUAAAGGAGCAAUUUUAUCAUCACUGAGUGGAGGAGCGAGUCAGCAUUUAUCAACUCCAAAACUAGAACGUCCAACGUCUCUUGGUGGUGGUUCAAAUAAAAUAUCUCGUAGAAAUUAUAUUGAAAAGAACUGCCAGUCAGGAAAAGAGCACAUUUCAGCUGGCAACUCCGAUCAUCAAAUCCAUCAUCAAUUACAGAGCCAUAUUGUUCUAUCUGAGUUACCAGAGCCACCCAUACCAUUGUCAGAAAUUGGACCCAUUCCGCCUCCACCUAUGUUUUCCACACCAAGUCCGACAAUAUUGGCUAGUCGACACCAUACUAUAAAAUCCCAUAAUUCAAAUUUAUCCCAUAAUACAAAUAUGAGUCUUUUGCAUCCACCACAAAUGGAUUAUAAUGAAUACGACUAUGAAGAAGAAGAGGAUUCAAAUUUGUAUAGAUAUCCAGAUGACGCAGAUUCAGAGGAGGAAUUCAUGAUGCAACAAAAUUUAAAUACUUUGCGAGUUGAAGAGAUUCCUGUCAUGGAGCCAAUGUUGAAUGCUGUUCCAAAAAAAUCUGCAUUAAAAAAAAAAAGUAGUGGAGAUAUAUCAAACAGGCCAUUAGUUGUUCGUCAAGACAAUAAUUCUAGUUCCAUUGGAAACCGCCCUGUUCGCUUUGGCUUGGGAGUAUCGAACAAUUUAGAGAAUAAAGAAAAUUCUCAUCCUUUUGUAAUUCGCGAAGGUACAAGUACUGAUAGUGAUCACAGUGAUGGACCAAUAUUGUUUCGCGAUGAUACUCCUAUGAGUGAUAAACCCACAACUAAACUAGCACGAAAAGAAAGCCUUUCAUUGAAGUUGUCACUGCGACCAAACAUGGAGGAAUUGAUUAAUAGAAAUAUUUUACAUAUGCAAAGUGAGAAUGAAAGACAAGAAUCAAAAGAGGCAAUUGGUGCAAAAUUGAUAAGACGACUAUCAAUGAGACCUACCCCGGAAGAAUUAAUCGAGCGCAAUAUUUUAAAAAGUCAAUCCCCAGCUGAAGAAAAGAAACAAAAGGAGGAAAAGAAAAGAUUUCUUCUACGAAAACUUAGUUUCAGACCAACCGUGGAUGAGCUCAAAGAGAAAAAAAUAAUUCGAUUCAACGAUUAUAUUGAGGUGACUCAAGCACAUGAUUACGAUCGACGUGCGGAUAAACCAUGGACAAGAUUAACCCCAAAAGAUAAAGCAGCCAUUCGAAAGGAGUUGAAUGAAUUUAAAAGCUCGGAAAUGGCUGUACAUGAGGGAAGCCGUCAUUUAACAAGAUUCCAUAGGCCGUGACUCGUUUUUAUCUGGCUCUAAGCAGAUAAGCCGUGACGAUCAAAUACUUGUGAUUAUGUUACGUAAACUAUCAAAAUUAAUUGCAUCGUGUGCAACUGCGUUAAUGUCUCUAAAAGACAUCACAUAAUUCAAA